GCGGCGGCGGGUGUUGCUAGCGGGUCCGGCACGGAGCGGGGGUGCAGCUAGGUUUCCCCCCGACACCCCUCCCCCUCAGGCGCGAGCCCCACCCCUCCGCCGGCCAGGCCCACCCGACCGAACUAUCCCCUGGGGCGCGAGCCCGGGGCGGCUCCGGGCGCCCCCCAGCAGAACCCCCACCAUGGGCAGCCAGAGCUCCAAGGCUCCCCGGGGCGACGUGACCGCCGAGGAGGCAGCAGGCGCUUCCCCCGCUAAGGUCAACGGACAGGAGAACGGCCACGUGAAAAGCAAUGGAGACUUAUCCCCCAAAGGUGAAGGGGAGUCGACCCCCGUGAACGGAACAGAGGAGGCAGCCGGGGCCACUGGUGAUGCCAUCGAGCCGGCACCCCCUAGCCAGGGCGCUGAGGCCAAGGGGGAGGUCCCCCCCAAGGAGACCCCCAAGAAGAAGAAGAAAUUCUCUUUCAAGAAGCCUUUCAAAUUGAGUGGCCUGUCCUUCAAGAGAAAUCGGAAGGAGGGAGGGGGUGAUUCGUCUGCCUCCUCACCCACAGAGGAAGAGCAGGAGCAGGGGGAGAUCGGUGCCUGCAGCGAGGAAGGCACUGCCCUGGAAGGGAAGGAUGCUGCCACCCCUGAGAGCCAGGAGCCCCAGGCCAAAGGGGCAGAGGCUAGCGCUGCCUCCGAGGGAGGAGACACAGAAGAGGCAGGGCCCCAGGCCGCAGAGCCAUCCACUCCCUCGGGGCCGGAGAGUGGCCCUACACCAGCGAGUGAGCAGAAUGAGUAGCUGGGUGGGGGCAGGUGGGUGAUCUCUAAGCUGCAAAAACUGUGCUGUCCUUGUGAGGUCACUGCCUGGACCUGGUGCCCUGGCUGCCUUCCUGUGCCCAGAAAGGAAGGGGCUGUUUCCCCCUAGCCACGUUCCCUCUCCUCCUCUCCCUCCUGUGGAUUCUCCCAUCAUCCAUCUGGUCUUCCUCUUAAGGCCAGUCGAAGAUGGUCCCUUGCAGUUUCCCAAGUUAGGUUAGUGAUGUGAAAUGCUCCUGCCCCUGUCCCUGCCUCCUUCCAUGUCCCCACCUGUGCAGAAGGCAGUUGCUGGUUUUCUUCCCCAGUUCUUUUCCAAGUAGGCUUUGUUUACUCCCCAAAUCCCUGAGCCAGAGGUGGGGGUGCCUACUCCCACGCCCUGAGUGUCCACCUUCCCCUGUUGUUUGUAGUCUCCUGUGCUGGGCCUAGUGGCCCCUGGGCUGGGGAGGACACUGCCCCUGUCUAGGUUUUUCUAAAUGUCUUACUCAAGUUCGAACCUCCAGCUUGUGAAUCAACUGUGUCUCUUUUUUGACUUGGUAAGCAAGUAUUAAGCUUUGGGGUGGGGGGGGAGGUAUGUAAUGUGAAA